UUCACUUGUUUCAAACCUCAGGCAGUGAAAAGCCCAAACCUUGAUUUCACCCAUUUUGUAUCUCUCCCGCUCGCUAUCCACCGUGAACUGGUAGAGAAGCUAGAAGGAUUUCAGAAGUCUGUACUGGAAGAAGUUAUUAUGAUACCUGCAAUGGGUAUUGAAAGGUCCAUAUUUAUUAAUCCUCAAACAUUUCACUUGACUGUGCUUAUGCUGAAGUUAUGGAAUAAGGAUCGUGUUGCUAUGGCUACUAAGAUUCUAAAGGAAAUUUCUUUGAAAGUAAUGGAUGCUUUAGAAAAUCGACCUGUUUCUAUAAGGCUAAGAGGAGUGGUAUGAUUCUUUGUUUCCAAUAAUUUGCUCAGCUCUUUCAAG